AUGCUGUUCUUAUUAAUCUUCCACACUGAAAACAGAGCAACUGAAUUGGAAGAGGGGCCUACAACUUACUCGCCGUCUGUUAAGAAGGGCAGUUUUUCAGGGCAAUCUUCGAAACCUGCUGCACCCGACAAGACGACAGACAAACAGAUCACAGUUGGCUUCAAAACUGCACAGUUCCCGCCGACUUUUUUCAAAGAGAAACAAAACAACCGGCUCAGGCUGCGCUUUUCCGAUCCGAAAGAUAUAGGUCAAGUGCUUGACAAGCCUCAGGCACAACACUUGGAAAGCAACAGAGUUCCCUGA